GCACACCCUGCUGUAUCCGGGUGUCCUCGGGCAUCUGCACCUGUUGCUGUUUAACCAGGGAGACCAAGCGGACCAACACUGUCACGUUGACUAACUCAGCUAACUUCCUCAACAGAGCAAACUAAUGUGGCCACUUAUUAAAGAAGUCAAUGUUUGUUUUCCACGUUCAACCUAUGAUGAACGUGGAGCAGAAAGGGCCACCUCUAGUAACACAACUGUUUACACAGGUCGCAAUGGAAAACCUGCCAAUAGGUUGGACUGUGCACACCUGUGACCAGGAGGGAGACGGGACGGGACUGUUGGUGAAGGGGGGAAUCGCCGACAUUAACACAAACGCACAUGUCCACGAUCUGUUUCAUGAAGAUGCACAGGGCUUCCAGCAGUCUAGCCAGCCGUGGUGGAGGAUCAAAGUGUUUGUGUGGGAGCCCGUGCUCUUCGGUACCUGGGAUGGGGUUUUUACCACCUGCAUGAUCAACAUCUUCGGUGUGGUGCUAUUCCUACGUACUGGCUACCUGGUGGGAAACACGGGUGUGCUGCUCGGGAUGCUCCUGGUCUCCUUGGUCGUGCUGGUUGCUCUAGUGACGGUGAUGUCGGGGAUCGGAGUAUGUGAGCACUGUGGUGUUGGGGGUGGAGGAGUCUACUCCAUGAUCUCCACCAUCCUGGGUGGCAGGGUGGGGGGCACUGUGGGCCUCCUUUAUGUGUUCGGACAGUGCGUAGCUGGGGCCAUGUACAUCACAGGUUUCUCUGAGUCUGUGGCAGAACUGCUGGGUCUACAGAGCCAAUGGGCGGUGCGUGGCAUGUCAGCGGCGGUGCUGCUGGCUCUGCUCGGAAUCAACCUGGCCGGUGUCAAGUGGAUCGUCCGACUCCAGCUGCUGCUGCUGGCUGUGCUGGCCGUCUCCACACUGGACUUUGUCAUUGGGACCUUCACGCACCUUGACCCAGGCAACUGGAGCCCAUCAUCAAAGGUAUGCCGUGGGGCUCCCAGUCAAGUGAAUCUGGCCAUGCCUUAUAUAGAGCACGGUUUCAUUGGUUAUUCAUCCGGGCUGCUCAGCAGUAACACAAUGCCAGAUUACACACCGGGAGAAACCUUCUUCACCGUCUUUGGGGUCUUCUUCCCUGCUGCUACAGGGGUUAUGGCAGGCUUCAACAUGAGCUCAGACCUUCAGCGGCCUGAACACAACGUCCCUGUGGGAACGCUGGCAGCUGUCUUCACCUCGUGGUUCCUGUAUCUGGUCUUUGUCUUCCUCCUGGGGGCCAUCUGCACCAGAGAAGCUCUGCGCUAUGACUUCUUGAUAGCAGAAAAGGUCUCCUUGGUGGGCUUCCUCUUUCUGCUGGGCCUCUACAUCUCCUCCCUGGCUUCGUGCAUGGGCGGCCUGUAUGGAGCACCCAGGAUCCUCCAGUGCAUCGCCCAAGAGAGGGUCAUUCCUGCUCUGGCCUUCCUGGGAAGAGGGAAAGGCCCAAACAGGACUCCAGUGGCAGCUAUCUGCCUGACCAGCCUGCUGACCAUGGCCUUCAUUUUCAUCGGUCAGGUCAACGUGCUUGCCCCCAUCGUCACCAUCAACUUCAUGCUCACCUACAGCUUCAUCGACUACUCCUACUUCUGUGUGGCCAAGACUUUCCAGAUGCAGAUUAAAGAGAAGAGGGACACCCCUGUCCCGGCCACAAGAAACCAGUGUAGGUCAACUAGGCACAGCUCUAGGCCUCUGAUCGAGGACACUCUCCCAAACUAUGGGAGUGGAGGCGAGAGUCGGCAGGGUAAGGGCACUCUGUUGGAGUUCACCAAGGACAUGGACCGGAUCUUUCCCCACAUGCCAAAUGGGGCUGAGAAAACUACGUCCCUGCGAGAGCUGAGCAGUAGAUGCAAGAGCACAAUGGUAAAUGUUACUACUAAGCAGAAACUGAUGGACAGCUUUUGCUUGGACCCAAACUGCAAUAUGUUCUCAGAAGAGAAAGCAGAGGAGAUUAGCUCAGCUCCACCACAUGAGGAAGCUCAGAAGCAGUGUGGAGGUGGGGAACCCAGGGCUGGUGAAGAACUACAAAUGGAUCACCCUUCAAAAAUCUGCCUUGCUGAGCAGCCUUCAUCUGCUGACCUUCACACUCACAGCGCAGGUGCUGGAGGUAAAGCGGAGCACCAGAGUGUUGAAAUCACACCCAUGCAGGAUUCAUUCUAUGCAAAGUUCUGCAACCACUGGGUUGCUCUUAUCGGGGCAUUGAGCUCCAUAUUGAUUAUGUUUGUUAUUGAGUGGGUUUAUGCCUUAGCAAACAUAGUCGUUGCCUUGCUGCUCUUCUUCUACAUCGGAAAAACAAGUCCUGGACUACCUACAGGUAUUGCAGCUCGAUUCAGCUUUUUCGCAUGGCUCAAAUCAACAUUGAAUAGCAUUUGCAGGAGGAAAGGCUCUCCUCGGGAUGAGAUCGUAGUCACACCCUCUCUGUCCAGCGUCGGCCUGAAAACCAAGCAGCUGACAGAGGAUAAUGCUGACUUUGCCUCUCGUCACCGCUAUCACCAAUCCUCAUUUAUCAGGGCCAACAACAUGGUGCAGCCACCACACCAGUGACUCCUGUUACAAGUCAUUGUCCUCAGCCUGAAACCACAUUUUCUGCCUCAAAAUGUGUCUCCUGUUGCCUUUUGGGCCACAUUCUACACAUACAAAAUACAAAUUGUAUUUAACAGACAUUCAUACAUUUAGUGGCUCAAAUCAUUUCCCUGCGAUAGAUGGAUAAUUGUGUGUGUGUGUGUGUGUGUGCUAUUCGUGGACUGGUGGUAGCUAGUUGUCAGAUUACUGUACUGCUGAGACACUUCCAAUAAGUCUAGCCACCACGGUGAUUGGCUUAAAUAUCCCGUGUAAAUGUGACACAAAGGUUUAAUUAAAAUAUGUUAGUUUACUUGUGCAUGUAUAGA